CUCGUUACGGAUAGUUACAUCAUGGUUGGUACAGGGUGCGGGAGAAAUCCUCGUUCUCCCCGCAGAAAUACUGACAUUCUAUCGGACAUGGUUCUUUCAUAAACUAGGUCUAUAUGUCAUAAAACAAAACGCAGUUAUUUUACAGUAAUUCCGGAAUAUACACUACUAUCGUGCGUAUCAUCUGUUGUGGAUACAGAAACAUUGUGCCAGUAGAAAAUUACAAUCUGCCCUCAAGGAAGUUAUCAUGAGGUGUGAGAGAGCCAUGCGUCGUGGUGGUGGUGGUGGCAGGGGGCUGUGCCAGGGCAGUGAGGCCCAAAGGAGAGAGGAGCACAGAGCUCAGGCUCGCCUGCAGGGGGGAUUACAGAGACUGGAGCAGGCCACGAGCUACCACCUCAACACACUCACCACAGAACAACGAAGAUUACACAGAGACCUGCUCAACAUCAGGACCGGUAACCCUUGGAGGAGGAGCCUUCACCCUAUGGUGUCGCGACCUGUCAACCCUGACCCCUCCCAUCUCUUCAUGCCCUGCAGGACUACCCUACCCACAAUCCCACGGGCCACCAGAGACCCAAAGAAACACAGGUCAGUGAAAGCUGUGUGUGGGGGAGUGUCUGGUCUGGCUGCACUCCAGGCUCGGGUCCAUGACUUCCUCUGCAGCUCUGCAGACCCACAGAGACACGGGGCAGAGAGCUCAGUGGCGCCACUCUGCCUGCCAGACCUCAAACUGCAGCCUGCAGCAGAAUUGACCAGCACUGGGCUGAGGGAGAAAGGGGAAGCGGAAGGGAGGGAGGGGAGAGCUGAGAGGGAGAGAGAAGAUGUGAGGGGGAGAGAGUGGAGGGCAACGCGAAAGAAGGAGGAAGAGAAUGGGAGGACAGAGAGAGACAGAGAGAAAGAGGAGUCUUAUCCUCUCCCUCCUCCCCCCUCCGACUUCCUCGCUGCUGAUGGUCGGCCCAGAACGCUCCACCUCCUGCCUGAUUUCAACCAAUCGCUGGCCGAGGCUCGUAAAGCUCGCUACAUCCGUUACCGAGGUCGACCCCCCUGCGAGAGGGAGCUAUCAAUCACUGAGAUAUUUGCCAGGGGCAACACAGGUUCCAUCCACAGAUUCUGAAAAGAGAGUAACCCUGUAAGACAGAACACAUCCUGUGAGUGUGGCUAGUAGUGUGUGACUUUUCUUUUAACCUGGGCCCUCUGCGCAUGUGUUAGUCCAUUAAGCAAAAGCAUUAGUAUUUUCUUGGGGAGCUAUAGCAAGUCUUCAGGUUUCAGGCAAGGUUACUCAUCAUGCAAGCGUGGUUCACCAAACCACUUCCGUUAUAUCAUGGACACCUCCAUAACCAUUAGAUCCAUUCUAACCUACUUUGUUUGGACUACAUUGUGUCAUACUGAACAGGGCUUUGGUCUCUGAUACACCUGUUCUGUGCCAAACUGACAAUGCAUCUUAUUCAGUGUUUCUAUUUUAUUAGGCAAGUCAGUUAAGAACAAAUUCUUAUUUACAAUGACAGCCUACCAGGGAACAGUGGGGUAACUGCCUUGUACAGGGGCAGAAUGACUGAUUUUUACCUUGGGGAUUCAAUCCAGCAACCUUUCUGUUACUGGCCCAAUGCUCUAACCACUAGGCUACCUGUCACCCUGUGAAUGUAGCAUUUGAGAUCUGCUCAAUGUGAAUAUCUUUUGUGUUAAAUCAUGUACCUGAUUGAAAUUCUCAAUGUAUGUAAAGUAUAAUGUUUAAAACUGUUGGCUUAUGAAUCAUGAUUUAUCGUAAUAAAAUAGAGGCCAUGA